AUGGCCAAGUCCAGCUUGUGCGGUUUGCUAGCGCUUUUGUGCGCUGCCUCAUUGCUAAGCAGCAUUGGAGCUGAAGAGCUAUCCGCUGCCGAAGCGAUUGUUGAAGCAAGAAAUGAUGAUGCGGCUCCUGAAUUACCUCAGCCACAGGCCGACAUAGACCUUGCUGAGCCAUUGCCAGUCAAUCCGAAAUUGUCCGAAGUGCCAAUUUUACCCGUGGAAGUGAACGAUAAGCCGGAUGAAAAUGUUGGCAAAACAGAGGAAUCUGCACCUGAACAGGAACCUACCGAGGAUAGUAAAAAAGAAAAUCUUGAGCUAGCAAUAAACGCCGAAGUACUGAAGCAGCCCGGCAUGUCACGUUUAGCACGUCAGCUAGAGAGUUUCCAUAACUAUCAGGUAUAUCGUGCACAAAAAUACGCUGGUAAGCAACGCGCUGCCGAAUUUUAUGACGACGAAAAUGAUGAACUAGAGGCUGAAGAACGUGCCAUUCGUCGGCGCAAGCGUGUGCGUCGUCGCAACGUUAACAACAAUGUGCGUCGCACUCAUAAUAAACGGAAUGUUGCCAAUCGUCAAAAUAGCGCUCAUCGUCACAAUCAACGCCGCAAAUCCGUACGCAGGCAAGAUGAACAAGGCAACGAUGAAUAUCGUCCUGCCAAUUCUAGUAAUAAGCGUCGUCGUGGUGGUAGCAGCCAAAGCACAAAGAAAACAAGGAGUAAAAGUCCAAAGAGAACAAACGCUGGCAAAAAGCGUCGCACAUCCUCGCAGAAGGGUUCAAGUCAAACCAAACGGAGAACAUCGCAAAGGAAGCGCACGAAUAGGAACAGCUACAGAGGCCGAAAUUAUGUGAACGGUGAGCAGCGGGAUGUAAACUCUUACCGAUUUAAAGGUGCCAAAGUGCCUCAAAUGCUCGUCAUUGUUGAUAAUAAGGCACCCGAAGCAAGCUCGUAA